UUUUAAGGGCUUUGUAUGCUAUACAUCCAUCUCUCCCUGCUCCUUAUAUGCUUUACAAAUGAAUAUAACAUAUAUUUCGUACUCAUUCAAAAGUUUGUUCACCACGUGCGUCCCUUGCCAGGUGCGGCGCAAGGGGAGUAUGCCCCCACGUGGGACUCCUUGGACACACGCCCGCUGCCCCCUUGGUUUGACGGCGCCAAGGUGGGCAUCUUCCUGCACUGGGGCGUCUUCUCCGUGCCCUCCUUCGGCUCGGAGUGGUUCUGGGAAUACUGGCAGGGUGGACAUGAUUCUCCCUAUGUGGAUUUCAUGAACAAGAAUUUCCGUCCCAACUUCACGUACCCGAACUUCGCUUCGGAGUUCACGGCCGAGUUCUUCGAUCCCGAGGAGUGGGCGAGCGUGUUCAACGCCUCGGGCGCUCGCUACGUCGUCCUCACCAGCAAGCACCACGAGGGCUUCACCCUGUGGCCCUCGCGCUACUCCUGGAACUGGAACAGCCUCGACGUCGGACCCAAGAGGGACUUACUGGGAGACCUAGCAAAGGCCGUCCGCUCGAAGAGCCCGCACAUCCACUUCGGCCUGUACCAUUCCCUCUACGAGUGGUUUAACCCCUUGUACCUGCAGGAUAAAGCCAACAAGUACACCACCAACGAUUUUGUGACGCGGAAGACCAUGCCGGAGCUGUAUGAGCUGGUGAACACCUACCAGCCCGAAGUGAUCUGGUCGGACGGCGACUGGGAGGCGCACGACACGUACUGGAACUCAACUGGGUUCCUGGCGUGGCUCUUCAACGACUCCCCCGUCAAGGAUACGGUGGUCGUCAACGACCGUUGGGGCAUCGGGAUCUCCUGCCACCACGGGUCCUACUACACGUGCAGCGACCGGUAUAAUCCAGGUGUGCUUCAGCCCCACAAGUGGGAGAAUGCCAUGACGCUGGACAAGAAGUCGUGGGGCUACCGCCGUAAUGCUCCCCUGGGCGACUACCUCUCCAUUCACGACCUCAUCACCACCCUCGCUCAGACCAUCAGCUGCGGCGGCAACUUGCUGGUGAACGUGGGUCCCACGCACGAGGGGCGUCUCCCUGUCAUCAUGGAGGAGCGCCUCCGGCAACUCGGCUCGUGGCUCGACGUCAACGGCGACGCCGUGUACAACUCCGUUCCGUGGAAGCAUCAGAACGACACGCUCACCCCUGGAGUUUGGUAUACAAGCAAAGAUGACCUGGUUUAUGGGAUAGUACUGACCUGGCCCAAGCAAAACCUUCUGACCCUCGGUGCCGUGGCCUCGGCCAAGGACGUGAAGCUGCUGGGCUACCAUAGCCCCGAACUUCCUGUUCUUCAGGUGAAAUCUGUAAGGGCAGGAAUCCAGGUGGCCUUCCCGCCCAUGUCGGAAGUGUCGAGCCAGUGGGCGUGGGUGCUGGUCAUGUCGGGCGUGACGCCGGCCUAGACCAGAUUCCUUCCGCGUCUCGAAGGAAGGACCUCUCCAGGAGGCACUCUUCAGGACUUCAUAUCGAGCGUCGCUUUGCUGAUGGCGUGAGGACUGCUUGGAGAAGGCGCGCGAUGCAGUAGAGAAAAAUUGGUUAUCAUUGUAUUUCUUAUUCGAUAUCGACUGGUUGAUAUUAAUUUUCGUUGUGGAAGGAAUGUUAUCUGUUUUCAG